AUGCCCAUCUUAACGAAGAUGACUUUUACCCCACCGUCCUCUCCAAAGGCGGUCAGCUCAUGUGCCUCUUCUGAAACGAUCAGAACACAUCAGCAGUCUGGUACGAAAUUAAGCAAACCAGAAGAUCACACCAAACCUCACCAGGAAAGAAGAAAGUAUCGCCAUAGGCCUGAGCCUCUCUUCAUACCACCUCCUUCCUUCAAUGUGAAUGCGUCUCACUCAGGAGCAACAUUGUACCAAAGCCAGCUCCGCUCUCCACGGAUCAUUGGAGAGACACUGCUGGGAACCCAGGAGCUGCCCACCUACACACCGCCUCCAAUGCUUAGCCCUGUGCGCCAGGGCUCAGGACUGUUCAGUAGUGUCAUCACAGCGGCGCAUAAUGCCCACCUCCCUCUCACACCUCUGACGCCCACUCCAAGAGUGCUGCUUUGUCGCUUCAAUAUCAUUGAUGGGACUGGUGCGACUGUGACACCUGGGCCUGGAGAACACACUGUUGAUGUUGAACCGAGGAUCAAUAUUGGAUCAAGAUUCCAGGCAGCGAUCCCAGAUCUCCAGUGUCCGUCACCAAUGAAGAAGGAGACGCACAAAGCCACUCUAGUGUGGAAGCCUUUGCCAGAUCAAGAAAAGGAGGAGUCACAGCAAAAAGUGGAGGUGUUUCCUGAGCAUGUCCUGCUCCAGUGUACUGCCCGGUGGAGGAACCAAUCUGGAGUAUGCUCUGCAUUCCCUCUUUGAAGCCAAUGGGGACAUCAUGAGCGCUCUGGAGAUGCUGCUAUUGAAAGAAAUGCCAAGACUAAAAAGCCACCCACUAGCAGACUACCACUAUGCAGGUUCAGACUACUGGAACAACAACGAGAAGAAGAGUUUUAACAAAGCUUUAAUUACCUGCAAUAAAGAUUUCUUCCAUGUUCAAAAGAUGAUAAAGACAAAAACGGUGUCACAGUGUGUGGAAUAUUACUAUACAUGGAAGAAAAUACUGCACAUGGGCCGUCGCCAUAGGACGCGCAUUGUUGAACUUAAUGAAGAUGACACCACAAGCGUGGAUGAUGUGGAUGAUGAAGAAGAACAUGAAGGCAGAAAAUUUGAAGAGGACUCUGAGCAAGUGCAGAAAUCCGCAGAUCCCGUCCACCCAGCAGAGGUGGACAGUGCAGUGGCUGAAAACCUUGGCCCUCCCGCUGGAUCAUUUGUGUGUGAAAUGGGAAACUGUGGAGCUACCUUCUGCUCCAGGCAA